AUGCCAACCAUUGGACCUAGCAUAGACAGAAUAAUAGAACAGCUUCUUAAAGUGCGGCAUUCAAAGGCAUCCACGCCAAGGGUAAACUUAACCGAGUCUGAAAUAAAGUACCUGUGCAGCAAGGCGCGUGAGGUGUUUUUAUCGCAGCCGAUGCUGCUCGAGCUGGAGGCUCCGAUUAAAAUAUGCGGAGACAUACAUGGACAGUACUCGGACCUGCUGAGGAUAUUCCAGUGCGGCGGAAUGCCCACGGAAAGCAACUAUCUGUUCCUUGGCGACUACGUGGACAGGGGGAGGCAGAGCAUUGAAACCAUAUGCCUCCUUCUGGCGUACAAGAUCAAGCAUCCAGACAACUUCUUUCUGCUCCGCGGAAACCACGAGUGCGCCAGCAUAAACCGGAUAUACGGGUUCUACGAGGAGUGCAAGGAGAGGUACACGUACAAAAUAUGGAAAAAGUUUAUAGAGACGUUCAACUGCAUGCCGGUGGCUGCUCUUGUGGACGAAAAAAUAUUUUGCAUGCACGGGGGGCUUUCGCCAGACCUGCAAUCAUUCAAUCAGAUCCGAUCAAUACACCGGCCAACCGACAUUCCAGACAGCGGCCUGCUUUGCGACCUUCUGUGGAGCGACCCCGACAGAGAAACGCACAAGUGGGGGGACAAUGACCGAGGCGUCAGCUUUACCUUUGGGACGCGGAUUGUGGAAGAGUUUCUGCAGAAGCACGACUUAGACUUGAUAUGCAGAGCGCACCAGGUUGUUGAGGACGGAUAUGAGUUCUUUGCAGACAAGCGCCUUGUCACAAUAUUCUCGGCGCCCAACUACUGCGGGGAGUUUGACAACUCGGGCGCGAUUAUGGAGGUGGACGAAAACCUGGUGUGCAGCUUUAGGGUCAUGAAGCCGCUUGACGGCUGA